AUGAAUUACAGUGUAAAUAAUUUAGGAAAUACACAAAGAAAUUCCAUGCAACUUAAAGAUUCUGAUAAUGAUUUAUAUAAAAAUGUCAAUUUCAAUAACAUCAAUACUGAUUCAUUAAAUUUAAUUUCAAAGAGAACUACUCCAAUAAGAUCCAGACCUCGUUUAUUGGCUAAAUUAAUCAAUAAAAGGAAACGUGAAACCAUGCAGUUACGUAAUCCUAGAAAGAAAACGAAUAAUAAAACAAAAACUGAUCAUUCAGAUUUCUUGGGUGUGGAUUCGAAUAUGUACGAUACUCAUAAUUCAGAGAACCAUACAAUUAAUACUGAUAUAUUACCUCCAGUUACAGAUGAAGAAUUACAAGAGUUACGUUUAAAUAUUAAUCAGCGUGAAAGACAAAGAAUGCAUGAUUUAAAUUUAGCCAUGGAUGGAUUGAGGUCUGUGUUACCAUACACACAAAAUUCAUCUAUGAGAAAAUUAUCUAAAAUUGCAACAUUAUUGUUGGCAAGAAAUUACAUCUUACUUCUUACAAAAAGCUUAAAUGAACUACAAGAAAAGUUAGAUAUUAUAUCGAAAAACCCUUCAGUAUGUCAAUAUGAAUCCAUAAAACCAACUAAUCCUACUGAAUAUCCCUACCCAACUGUUUCUACUGAUUCAAUAAAAUAUUUACCAAUAGUAUCUUCAAUGAACUCAUUAUUUUCAUUAUCAACACCAAUUCUCUCGUCAUCAAUAGUGAAAUCAACUUCUUUGUCGCCUUGUUCUUCAACUUCAUUCAUUUAUCCAACAUCAACUAUUUCAAUGUUACAGUCAGUACCCAAUUCAUCUUUGUUUGUACCGUCUAGGAAUCAUCAGUACAGACACAAAAGUGAUGAACAAACCGGUCAAAUUUCUAUACCUAUACAAGAUGACAAUGAUAAAAUUAAUAUUGUAUCUAAUAAUUCUAUUUAUUCAACACUAAAACCAUUAUUUUCAUUUCUUGAUCCUAAUUUAAUGAAUAAUUUAAUAAAUGAUUGUUCUUAUAAUAAAAACAAUACCAUUCUCUUUGAUACUAAUCUUAGUAACAAUCUACAUAGCAAAAAUCAUAAUGAUUUAAUACUUGACAAUCAAAGUACACAUUUCAAGCAUUUUGAUUCACCUUCUCAUACUAUUUUAUCCAAUUAUCUAUCUAUAGAAAAAUUUACUCCAUUAA